AAUGUCGCCAAAAAUAAUAAUGUCUGUAUAAAUAUCGCAUAAGGCCAGCUCCACACUUUGGCCUCAACGCCAUCGUCUCAACUCCCAAUGUUGGUGCCAAUACCAUUUUCUGUAUCCACACGUUAGACGAGAGGAAUUGGGACCAAAUUUGGCACCAACGUGUAGAGUCUGCCUAAAUGCCUGUUCAUACUGUGGCCCGUAUUUAUAUCACACACAAGUCACAAAUUAUUUUUCCCCGUCCAUUGACGCGACCUUGCAUCGGUGUUCUAGUGACGUCAUCGUUUGGUCGAUAUCUAGAUGCUCGUUUGUUAUUAACCCAAUAGUUGAUUUGGGACCGCCCCGUGUGGUCUCAAUUUCGGUACAUUUAUUUGUCUAGAAUAAUUAUUAUAAAGCUUAGAAAGUUUGUAUUUUAACUAGAGUUAAUUUAAAGAGUUUUGGAUUAUGAGAAAAUCAUCGAUGUAAAGUUUAGUGCUGUUUUGUGAUUGUGUUUUGUUAUUUCGACGCAUGCGCCGGUUGGUUGAAGGUUAUCAAUAAACAAAACAAAAGUGAUGGUAUGGAGUAAUAAUUUAGUUAGUAAAAACAUUAGAAGAGAAAUAACUUAUUGAAUUGAACCAAGCAUUUUGACUUAAACACUUUUACAUAGAGUUUUAUCAAUAUUUAAUGUUUUAUCACGCUUUGAUAAAUUAUUAUUUAUCAGUCGGACGUAACUCUCAUAGUAGUAUUAAUAUUUUAGUGACUGUGUAAUUAAAACAACUCAAAUGUACACUGUUUGAAGUGAAAAUGGAUAAAGCACAAAUAAUUUUAUGUGUUUUGGGAGUAAUUUGUUGUGCAGAUGCGUACAAAAUAUUAGUGGUUUUCCCUUUUCCAAUUCGGAGUUUGAACAAUUUGGGAGAAGGGUACGUUAGACACCUACUAAAGGCCGGGCAUGAGGUUAAAUUUAUCACAGCAUUUCCUCUGAAAAAUGAGAAAAAUGAAAAGCUUCGACAAAUCGACAUUAGCAGCAACCAUCAGUUAAUGGUGUCAGGAGAUUCUACCUUCUCUAUCAAAAGUGUAAUGGAUGGACAAAUACCGAUGAACGAUGUCAAAAUGAUGCAAGAGUUCGGACUAUAUUCCAGUAUUAUGAUGUUCGAACAUGAAAACGUGAAGAAGUUCUUAGAAGACACAAGCCAGCAGUUUGAUGCUGUGAUAGUAGACCUGUAUGAGACGGAAAUAUAUUCUGGAUUAUCAGCUCUCUACAACUGCCCAAUGAUCUGGAGUUACUCUAUGGGCGCGCACUGGUUGGUUCUUCGACUGAUAGAUGAGCCGACAAACCCUGCCUACAGCGCCGACUACUUGUCAUCCAACGUGCUGCCCUUCACCUUCAAACAAAGGCUGGAGGAACUGUGGGCGCAGAUCUUAUGGACCUGGACGAAGUGGACAAGCACAAUGCCAAAAGAAAAGGAAGCCUUCACCAAGUACUUCAAACCACUGCUAGAGAACCGUGGGCAUACAUUACCAGAUUACGACCAGCUCAUAUACAACGCUUCUUUGAUCUUCGGCAAUGAGCACCACGCUUUUGGAAACAUACCAAGAACGCCGCAGAACUUCAAAUUUAUUGGCGGGUUCCACAUCGAGAGCCCUGCCAAGCCGUUGCCAAAAGACUUACAAACAUUAAUGGAUAACUCAAAAGAUGGCGUCAUAUACUUCAGUAUGGGAUCCACUUGGAACAGCAAGGACCUGCCAGAAUCAGUUGUGGAAGGGCUGGUGAAGAUGUUCGGAGAACUAAAGCAAACCGUCAUUUGGAAGUUCGAAGCCGAUUUGCCGAAUUUACCGAAGAACUUGCAUAUCACCAAAUGGGCUCCUCAGCCUAGUAUUUUAGCACAUCCCAACUGCCUGUUCUUCAUCACCCACGGUGGUCACUUAUCAUCGACGGAAGCUAUCCACUUUGGCGUGCCCAUCAUCGGAGUUCCAAUCUUCUUUGACCAGUUCAUCAACAUCAACAAAGCACUGUCUAAGGGAUAUGCCCUUAAAGUACACCUGAAUUAUGAUUUGCCCAGAAAUCUGAAGACUGCUAUACAAACAAUGCUGAGCGAUUCAAAUUACAGAAAACAAGCAAAAGAACUAUCCUCGAUCUACCACCACCGUCCCGUGCCCCCUGGUCAAGAGAUGGUGCACUGGGUGACGCACGUCAUCCGCACUGGUGGGGCACCCCAUCUGAGGUCACCCGCGCUAAACAUGGCGUUCUACCAGAAGAUGUAUUUGGACUUCGCUGCGUUGGUAGCAGUAAUUGUUGUAGCAGUUGUUUUGGUAGUAAAGAAAUUGUGUGGAGGAAGAAAAGCUGUGCCGAAAGAGAAGAGGAACUGAUGAUAGUUUCAAUAUAAGUUUUUUAAGUCUCGAUGUUUGUUUUUGUUUUAGGUAAGUUGAAGUUUAGUGUCUGUCUAUUAAAGUUCUUAUCUUUAUGAACA